GAAAGGAUGAGUUUUUCGACGAACGCUGACCGCUUGCUGUUGACUGCAAAAAGUGUAAUUUUUGUGUUAAAACAGGCACGUUUCGGCUCAAAAGUGCAAUCAAACGUUGCCCCGGGUGUACCGUCAUCGUUUGCGAUAGUUAGUGAAGCGACUGGUGCGUUUUCCGGUGGUGAAAAGUGUAUUUCAGUGAACCGCUAGGCUCAGCUCGACACUCGGUUCCGUGUCGGUGUUGUUUGCGGUAGGCUGUACAGAAGCCGGUGCAGGGUGUGUGUGCGGGAGUGGAUCUGCAACAACAGCAAAUUUUGUUAGGUUAGGUUCUUCUGGGAGCAAACACAGAACAAUCGGUUUGUUUGCUUUAGUGCGUUGACAGUUGCGAACGAAUGUUUUGAUCGGGAACGGUUUGUUCGGUUCUAGGAUAGAAUGAAACGUAAGGCCGGGAACGAUUUGACCACACAGACACUGCUGGAUUUUGAUUUGGGCGAAAGCUCGUCGGAUUCGGAUUUCCGAAUCGAGGAUCACGAUGAUGAUAGUGAUGAUUUUUCGGCUGGUAGCAAAGAUGAGGAUGCUGGCGAUGAUGACGGUGACAACGACAAUGACGGUGAUGACGAUGAUGAUGAUGGCGACGAUGAAAGUGACGAUGGAGAGGAUGAGGAUGGCACGGACAGUGGUACGACCGGAACGGGAUCGAAAGCUAGCGAAGCGGUAAAAGUCGGUACCGACAACGAUCAACCGAUGAAUCUGGAGCAAAUUUUGAAUAAAACAACGAAAGGUUUUGAUAAGGCAACGCUGAAGCUACUAUCGACGGCAAUCUGCUGUGCGUGUUUGGGAGAUCGAAGCGAUGAUCAAAACGAAAUCGUCGAGUGCGACGGGUGCGGGGUAACCGUACACGAAGGUUGCUAUGGUGUUAGCGAAAGCACCAGUGUCAGCAGUACCAUUUCGUCGUGUUCUACUGAACCUUGGUUUUGCGAAGCAUGUCGGGCCGGUGUGUUUGAUCCGGACUGUGAACUGUGCCCGAACAAAGGUGGUAUCUUCAAGGAAACCGAUGUCGGUAAAUGGGUUCACCUGGUGUGUGCUUUGUACGUUCCCGGCGUUGCGUUCGGUGAGGUAGAUCAGCUUUCGUCGGUGACUUUGUUCGAAAUGCCCUACAACAAAUGGGGUGCCAAGACUUGCAGUUUGUGUGACGAUGCGAAAUUUUCCCGGACCGGUGUUUGUAUCGGGUGUGAUGCUGGCAUGUGUAAAACGUACUUUCACGUUACUUGUGCUCAAUAUGCUGGGCUGCUGUCGGAGGCGCACUCCGAGGAGGCUGACCAAGCCGAUCCUUUCUACGCUCACUGUAAAAUUCAUUCCGAUAAAACGUUGAUCAAACAUCGGAAGCGAAAUUACAAUGCCAUUCGGUUGAAGGCCGAACAAAGGAAGCUGGAACAGGAAGCGAAAAAGUUGGAGAAACCCUCUCCGGAACAGGUUAGAAUAGAACGAAAAUUGGCUAAGCACCGUAAAAAGUAUAUCACUCACAAGGAAACAAAAAAUCCUCCCUGGGUACCGACCCAAAAAAUGCCACGACUGUUGACGACCAGUGCAACAGCGUGUAAAAAGCUGUUGCUAAAAGCCGAACUGAUGGGCAUCGAUACGGCAGCAAUGGAAUUUCAGGAAGCUCAAAUGACUGCCCUGGCCGAUGUGCGCAAAAAGUGGCACAUUCCACCGGCAUUUAGCGUAGAAUUCAUAGGAUACUAUCUGGACCGAACGGUUCGUUUAAAGGACAUCAAAAAUAAUCUUCAAGAACAAGUUCUGACUAACAAAAAGCUGCUGGAUGAACAGCAGCGACUGCGAGAGAAGUACGAUUCGUCUAUGAAAAUCAACCAAGAAGCGCUAAAUCAGAAUGAAGAGCUAAAGGAUGCGAUCAAAAAGCUGUACGACGACAUAAACGUUCUCUGUCCGAACAAAGCGUUGAUUCCGGUGGAGCAGAUUGGCAAACCACCGUCGGUGCCACCGCUCCAGAAUCCCAGUGUCGUGAUCAAUACUCCCAGUUCAACGCCACCGGCACGGACAAUCACCGUACCGACGGCGGCCGCGCUGAAAAUGGGCGUCGGUUUCCCACUGCAGAAUCUCAUAGUUCCGGGAGAUACCGGAAGAAUCCUUAGCACCCAGUGCAAGCAGAACAGUGAAGAACUGUUGAACGAGUGUGGCAUCUGUAAGCGUUGCUCCGAUCAGCAUUUGCUGGCCAAAUGUGAUACCUGCCACCUGUACUACCAUCUCGGCUGUUUGAAUCCUCCCCUCACCAGACACCCGAAAAAGUCCAAACUGUACGGUUGGCAGUGUUCGGAGUGCGACAAGUCGGAUGAUUCGGGUCCGGAGAAUGUGAUUCUGCCGAAAGCCCCGCGCAAAUCUCGAACGCGGUACAGCAAAGACGGCAUCAUUGUCCCGUACGAUAUGCCAUCGCCCGAAUUCGAACGAUCUCCGGAAAUUGUAGUCAAACGUGCCCGCAAAAGCUUCGGAAACAAUUCCAGCAUGGAAAUUUUUUCGAAUGCAACGGCUACGACUACGACACCAACUGCUUCUGCUGUAGCUAAUGGAAUAGAAACGAAAGAGGUGAUACUGGAAAUUCCCAAACUCGAUGCCGAGCUGACCGACAAACUGAGCACCGCCGAACCGGUGGAAGCGUCGGAAUCAUCUCCAUCGAAAAGGGGACGCAAGAAGAAACCUCCCGCGGCACCAGUUGACAACAGUAAAGAUCCACCGACUGCGAAGGAAACGGUCAAACAGGUGGCAUUGAAACAGGAAGUUUCCGGAAAACCUCCGUCACAGAAAUCGGAAAAAUCGAAGGAAGAACCCAAGCCAACGACACCGCCCGACGACACGAAAGCUAGUUCCAACAGUAACAAAAAAGAUACUAAAAAGAAAGACAAACAGAACUCAUCACCGACCGUCGUCUCGGCAGAGAACCAAAAUCCUCCCGUUGCAACGUCUGCGACUGCGACUGCAACAGUCACCGAAAGUAGUUCGGUCAUUUCAAUCAGUUCCGGUACAACUCUGGCAUCUUCUUCGACUGGGUCAUCCACAACCAUCACGACCGGUUCGACGGAUUCCAUUCCCAACACGGGCCCAGCAUCUGCCGACGGUGUCAAGGAAAUUCCCGAGCCGACGGCUUCCACCUCAACACACCGGUCAUCGCAUAAACACAGUAAACGAAAAAAGGAAAAGCAUCGCGAGAGGUCCCCAAAUGAGGAUGGUUCAAUCACAAAAGAACACAAACGCAAGCGGAAACGAAAGAAUCACGACAUGGAGAAUCCCAACGACAAGGACGGAGGACCUAGCCAUUCGGCUCUUCCGGUGCGUUCCGAUGAGAACAGACCCCGAAUCAAGAUAAAAAUUAAAUCAGUUUUGGAUGGUUCCAAUACGCACACGAUAAUCUACGUGCCGAACGAUAGCAUAGAACCGCCACGACCGUCCACCAGCAGUGAAUCCAUCGUGACAAGUACUCCGCUAAGUUCGCCAUCGGUGCCGAUCCAGAAAUCUCCGGCCAAGCCCGAUGCAAUCAAAGCAACUGUUUCGGCACCAUCGAUUGGAUCCCCGCCGGUUGCGGCCAACAGAUCUCAAUCUUCGCUGAGUGGUUCCGCAUCGACGCCUACCAUCGCUUCCGAGGCCAGUAUGGCUAAAAAGACUACCGCUAGCAGUAGUAAAGUUCCCCCGGCUCCGGGACGUGGUCGGGGUCGUCGUCUUAGUGUAGGCAGACCUCCCCGGGCCAGUUUGAAUACCUCGUCCGGUAAUAACACCUCAGGUUCAUCGGCUACUGCUUCCAAUGGCAGCACGAUGUGCGAUGUUUGUCGUACACCAGGAACCCCGAAUAACAUCGUUCAGUGUGAUGAAUGUCACAAGAAUUAUCACUUCGGUUGCCUGGAUCCACCGGUGAAGAAAUCACCAAAACGUCGAGGCUACUCGUGGCAUUGCGCCGAUUGUGAUCCAACGGACACGGAGAACAACUGAGACUACGAGUCCAGGUGAGGCACCGCCGAUCGCAGCAGUGUCGUCAGUUGUAUAUGCAAAAUGUACUGAUCGGAGCUGGACUUUUUUUUCCGGACAGUCGUCUCCUAUGGCUGAAUUUGAGAAUCAAGCGAAAAGUAUUUUCUUUUAUUUGAAUUGUAACACCUUGUGGUCGAUAAAACAUUCAAUGUAAUAUAAAAA